GUGAGAAUGUCGGAAAAGAUCCUUGUGACGGGCGGAGCCGGCUACAUCGGGAGCCACUGCGUUCUGGAACUGGCUGAGGCCGGCUACACCCCUGUGGUCCUUGACAAUUUCCACAAUGCGAUCCGAGGGGGCAGCACGGUCCCCGAGAGUAUUCAGCGGGUGGAGGAGAUUGUGGGCAAGAAGAUCCCAUUCCAGGAACUGGAUGUCCUCGAUGAGGCAGGUCUCCACAACCUCUUCAAGAAGCACAAUUUCUCUGCCGUGAUGCAUUUUGCAGGCCUCAAGGCUGUGGGAGAGUCUGUCCAGAUGCCGCUGGAAUAUUACAAAGUGAACCUGACUGGGACCAUCCGAUUGCUGGAGGCCAUGAAAGAGCACGGGGUCAAGAACAUUGUGUUCAGCAGCUCAGCCACAGUAUACGGCGACCCGGCCUACCUCCCCCUUGAUGAAAAGCACCCUGUGGGAGGCUGCACAAACCCUUAUGGGAAAUCCAAGUAUUUCAUCGAGGAGAUGAUCCGAGACUUGUGCAAAGCAGAGCCGGACUGGAAUGCAGUUCUCCUACGAUACUUCAACCCCAUUGGAGCCCACGAGUCGGGGAGGAUUGGUGAGGACCCCCAGGGCACCCCAAACAACCUGAUGCCCUACGUUGCUCAGGUAGCUGUGGGUCGCCGAGAGUACCUGAGUGUAUUUGGGGAUGACUAUGAUACAGUGGAUGGGACUGGCGUCCGGGAUUACAUCCAUGUGGUGGACCUGGCCAAAGGCCACAUUGCGGCUUUGAAAAAGCUCAAGGAGAACUGUGGCUGCAAGAUAUACAACCUUGGAACCGGAACCGGCUGCUCAGUCCUGCAAAUGGUGAAGGCGAUGGAGAAGGCGUCGGGAAGAGAGAUAAACUACAAGAUUGUUGCACGUCGGGAAGGAGACAUCGCCUCCUGUUACGCCAACCCUGCCCUAGCUGAACGGGAGCUGGGCUGGAAAGCUGUUUUUGGCCUGGACAAAAUGUGUGAGGACUUGUGGAGGUGGCAGUCACAGAACCCCACUGGCUACAGCAAGAACUAGCGCCUGGAAGAUGUUGCCUGUCCUCCCCAGUGCGUGGCUGCCAUGACCCAAGGACAGUUCCAAGGGCUGUUUUGCUUUUCACUCAGGGAAGAUGGUGGUUCCUGCUCGUUCCUUCCCCUGCCCUUCUCCCUUUUCGUAAGAGACCAAAUAGACUCAGGAAGGGGAAGAUUAUCUUGGCCUUUUGCUGUACCCAUUUCUUUAACUCUCUUGUGCCUUCUCCCUGAACCUUCACUGCCUGCCAGGUUGGUACCAAACAGGGAGCAAGGAGCUCUGACCCUCCCAUUGAGUGGGAAUACUGACAAAUAAAAAGUGUCAAUGGGAGCCCA